AAGCACACCAUCGCGCGCCAAUGAACGCGCCUCUCCAUCGCCCCCAUGUCGCACCCUGCUCCCACCACCCACCAUUCACAACAGCCAGAACCUGCCAGCGGACCUGGCUCCGCCGCGCCCUCGCUCCCGCUCCCGUCUCCGCCUCCGCUCACUGCGCCCCCGCUGGCCGAGACGGCGGGGGCGCGCCGCAUGAAGCCUGCGCCGGUGGGGACGCUGCGCGCGCUCCCGGGGGGAAGUGAUGAGCACGACCGUGAUGGCGGAGGAAAUGGAGUAAGAGAAGAAGAAGAGGAGGAGGAGGAAGCAGAAGAAGAAGCAGAAGAAGAAGCAGAAGAAGAAGAGAGUGCGGGACGAUGCGAGCGGGACACAGACACGGACGGCGACGCAGAUCCGGCGCCGGAUCCGGACCGCGAGGCUACGGAGCUGCGGGCCGUGCGGCAGCGGAAGCGAGGAAACGGGGACGGGGACGGAGACGGGGAUGGUGAUGGGGAUCGAGCGGAGUCGGUGCGGAGCGCAACUGGCAGUACGAGUACGAGUGGGAAAGCGGAAGGCCCCGUAGCGCGCUUCUGGCGCCGGCAGGUCAGUGUCGUGGUGCCUGCGGGUGGGCAGCGGGACCAUUUAGCCCUCGAGCGCACCUUCCUCGGCUACCUGCGCACCAGCCUCGCCCUCAGCAUGACGGGCGUCAUGAUCGCGCAGCUCUUCCGGCUGCAGCACUCGCCGCGCCCGGACCCGCUGCUCGGCUUCUUUGUGCUGGGCGUCCCGCUCGCGGCGACGUUUAUUGCCGCGGGUCUGGUCGUCAUGUUGUUAGGCGCGUGGCGGUUUUGGCGACUCCAGAAUGCGCUCGUUAGGGGGAAGGCGGUUACGGGUGGGUGGGAGAUUCUGGGGCUGAUGGGGGGGUUUUUGGUGCUUUGUACGGUCACUUUUGUGUUGGUCGUGGUGGUGGAUGUGAGGAGGGAGGAGGAAGGGAGGGAGUAGGUUUUGCUGUGAUAAUUGGAUCUUUUUGGAUCUUUCGGUUUUGGGUACGAGCGGGUUUGUUGGUUCAUCUUUGGAUAGGAAUGGUGCGAUUUGCUGAGUCGGACAUGGCGGGGAUGAAGACUUUAACAUUUGACGGAGGUCUAUGGUCUGUGCUGUUGGUAUUGGGCUUUCUUUGCAUUUGCAUAUGAAUUUUCCUAUUCCCCUCUUUCUCUUUCUUGCUCAUAGAGGACGCGACCUU